ACAGAGGGACCCAGACUUGCCGACCUGCUCAGCUAGGGUCGGCACGGAUCGCGGCCCAUGGGGAACAACCACUGCGUCCCUCAGGCCCCUAAGAGGCUCCGGGCGUCCUUCUCCAGAAAGCUCUCGCUGAGGGGAAAUAGAGAGGAUGGCACAAGGAAGCUGGCUGGCCUGUUCGGCACGGAGGCCAGUCCUGACGGGGACACCACCGCCGCCAAGAUCUUCCACUACAUCCCGGGGUCGGACCUCCCGGGCCUGGAGAGCCAGCGAGACCACCUGGAGCAGCCGUUCCUCAGUGUGUUCAAGAGGGGGCGGCGGAGGGUGCCCGUGAGGAACCUGGGCAGCGUCCUGCACUACGCCAAGGUCCAGCUGAGAUUCCAGCACAGUCAGGACGUCAGCGACUGCUAUCUGGAGCUCUUCCCUUCCUACCUCUACUUCCAGGCCCACGGUUCUGAAGGACUCACGUUCCAGGGGCUGUUACCAUUGAUGGAGCUGAGUAUCUGCCCACUGGAGGGGUCCAGAGAACAUGCCUUCCAGAUCACAGGCCCGCUUCCCGCUCCUCUUCUGGUGCUCUGCCCCAGCCAGGCCGAGCUGGACCGCUGGCUGUACCACCUGGAAAAGCAGAUGGCCCUCGUGGGAGGGCUCCGGCGCUGCAACUCAGCACCCCCACAGGGCCCCCCUGAGGAUGAGCUCCCCUGGACUCUGCAGCGCAGGCUGACCCGGCUGCGGACAGCUUCAGGGACCCAAGUGGUGGGCAGUGCCAUCUGUGCCUCAAGGGUCAAGCUGCAGCAUCUGCCAUCACAGGAGCAGUGGGACCGGCUGCUGGUCCUGUACCCGACUUCCCUGGCCAUAUUCUCUGAGGAAGCUGACGGGCUUUGUUUUAAGGGGGAGCUCCCGCUGGGCGCCAUCCACAUCAACCUGGAGGAGAAGGAGAAGCAGAUCCGCUCUUUCCUGAUUGAAGGCCACCUCAUCAAUACCAUCCGCGUGGUAUGUGCCAGCUACGAGGACUACAGCCACUGGCUGCUCUGCCUGCAGACUGUCUCCCGCAGGGAAGGGGCCCCUCUGCUGCCCAGCCCUGAGAGCUUCCCAGAGCUGCGGGUGCCUACUCAGGCCCUGGGCAGUGGCCGAGGCUCGCUCUCCUCAGAUGGACGAACCAGCUGGGACUCGGGGUACCCAGCACCCCCGUCUACCCGCACCAGCCAUUCCCUCCCUGAGUCCUCAGUGCCGUCCACUGCAGGCUGCCCUACCCAGCCUGCACCAAACCAGACCAACCCUGGCUGUACCAGCAUGGGUGCGCCGAAGGCAGAGCUGAGACGAGGCGGCAGCAGUCGGUCACCCAGGAGCAAGGCCCGGGGUGAGGGGCCCGGCCCAGCCACCCCACUGCAGCUGGACCUGACCAAGCUGAGCAGGCUGAGCCUGGAGGGUGGCCCCGAGCCCCCAGACCACGCUCUGGAGACACCACACUCCCCGCUCUAUGCCGACCCCUACACUCCACCUGCCACCUCCCACCACAAGAUCACAGACGUCCAGGGCCUGGAUGAGCUCCUCAGUGCAGUGCAGAGCUCGCUUGGACCCGAGACCCCAAGCCCGUCCCCCUCGAUCCCCGUGUCUGUGCCUGUCUCCGACCCCAGCUCUAGACCCUCUGGCCACCACUUGCCUUCCAAGAAGGGGGUCCAGCAGCCCCGACCCUCUCAGCGGCCUCGGGGCUCUGCCAAGGGCCGUGGGUCCCGGCCCCCAAACUUCCCUCAGCUCGUCUCCCCUGCAAGGGAGGUUUCGUCCAGCCCCCUGCCGCCUCCCCCAGAUGGUGGUCCCCCCAGGAGCUACGACAACAUCUGGGACAAGGCUGUGUCUCCCCACAACCAGCGGUGGCCCCGUGGAGCAACUGAGGCUGAGGCGGGGCUCAUCCAGUGGAUCUAAUGGAUGCUUCUCAGGACCACCUGCCGGCAUGGACCCUGGAGGGGUCUGCAGCAAGGCCUGGGUCUUUCUCUGUGGGGCCACAGGCCAACCACCCCGACCCAAUACCGAUCGAGUCAAGGUCUGACCCCAGCGGGAUAGAUGGGGGAGUCUCCAGAAUCCUGAGUUUUCUAGGCUCUGGGUCCUCUCAGCCCCAUCCUGAGGAUGCCGUGGCCGGUGUUGCUGACCACAGAUUGACGGGAUGCCUGGAGGGGCCAAAUCGUGGCCUGCCCCCAAAGAAAGAAUGAGGGAGACGUGACGGGGGCUUCACCUGGGAGUGGGAGAAAGGCACAGGGGUGACGUCAGAGGGCUGAGAAAGUCAGGGUAGCGAGCGUCAGAGUACAUGAGGUCAGAGGGCAUGAGGUCAGAGGUCAGCAGGUCUGAGGCAUCACAAGCAGAGGUGGGAGGGUUGCCUGGGCACCUGUGAGUGGGGCGGGGCCGUUCCAGAGA